CUUAUAUUAACGAUCAAAACCACACACAAACUCUCCCUAAAUUACGCUGCUUUUGUUUUUCAAACAUCGUUCAAAACAGGGCUUCUCAAGUUCUUCAUGGGUAAUUGCUGGGUAUCUUGUUCCAAAGAGGCUAAUCCUACUACUCCUAAUACCACCUCCAUCCACAAUCCUACAAGCUCAGGGGUGUCAAACAUUUACAGCCACACUACAGAGAUAUCAGCCACUAGUUCCCAGGCUGUUAAUGAAGGCGGGGAGGAAGCAACUGCAGAUGGACAAAUUUUGGAGACACCAAACUUGAAAAUGUUCAUUUUUGCAGAUUUGAAGCUUGCAACUAAGAACUUCAAGUCUGAUACUUUGUUAGGGGAAGGUACUUUUGGGAAAGUUUAUAAGGGUUGGAUUGAUGAGAAGACAUUUGCUCCUUCUAAAAGUGGUAUUGGAAUGGUGGUUGCCAUCAAGAAAUUCAGGUCAGAAAUUAUGUUACAAGAAUGGCAGUCAGAGGUUAACUUUCUAGGAAGACUUUCUCAUCCCAACCUUGUUAAGCUUUUGGGAUACUGUCGGGAGGAUAAAGGGCUGCUCCUUGUGUAUGAAUUCAUGCAAAUGAGAAGCUUAGAUAAGCAACUUUUCAGAAGAGAUCCUUCCAUUGAACCACUAUCUUGGGAUAUUCGGAUUAAAAUUGCCAUUGGAGUAGCUCGAGGACUAGCUUUUCUACAUACUUCAGAGAAUAAAGUCAUUUAUCGAAAUUUAGCGGCCUCUAAUAUACUGCUUGAUGGGAUAUUGAAUUGGUUCGAGAUGCUAAUUGAUAGCCACGGCUGGCAUCGUGGGAAGCCUAUCCCAAUGGUCAAAAAAGUGAUACAUAUUGAGCGCUUCCAUGCAAAAUUAGGGCAUUUUGGCUUGGCGAAAUGGGGGCCUGCUGGUGCAGAGUCCCAUGUCACAACCAUGGUAAUGGGGACGUAUGGUUAUGCUGCUCCAGAAUAUAUUACAACAGGUCAUUUGUAUGUGAAGAGUGAUGUAUAUAGCUUUGGGGUUGUGCUGCUAGAAUUGUUGACAGGUUUAAGGGUUCUUGAUCGCGAGCGCCCCAGAGAAGAGGAAAAUUUGGUUUGUUGGAUGAAGCCAAUGCUCUCUCAGAAAACGAAGCUGAAAGACAUAAUGGAUGCACGGAUGGAGGGGCAAUAUUCAAUAGAGGCAGCAAAACGGGCAACACAGCUUGCCCUAAAAUGCCUGAAACUAGAUCCUAGACACCGCCCCUCCAUGAAAGAAGUUGUGGAGAUUUUGGAGCGCGUUGAAGCAAUGAAAUGAAAAGCCUAGGAACUCUCUGUCUAUGUGUCACCCCUAACUUGAAGAAUAUUUAAGUUGAAAUAUUACAUAUUCUAUAACAGUUGAUUUUCCCCAUAAAUAUUUUUAUACUUUCUUUAUGAUAAUAAAAAUUUUU